CGAGCCGGUUCUGGUAGCGUGCAGAAACGCCGUAGUCUCGGUCGAGUUCUAGAGUGCACAAGAAGAAGCAGGUGACAGGUGCGAUCAUCAAGCGUGUUGGGAAUUGUUGCAAAAACGCGGUGUUCUAUUUUAAAUCUCAACUGCUCUCGUGUUGACGAGCGUGUAUGUGUUUCGGUACAUAUUCCCGCGUACAAGAGGCUAGUGAAACAGGAGAAAAUAUUUAAAUAAUUUUCACUUUCGCACAGGUUUUGGCGGGUUAGAGUGGCUAUGUGCGAGCAAGCAGUGGUCGUUUAGUGAGUUUCGAUUUUGGGAGAUUCUACUUGCGCAGCUCGCAUUUGUCAGCUACCUCUUAAAGCUGUUACGGUAGCAGCUGAUGCGAGGACGAAAUCCCCAUGGGUUUAGUCGGCGGUGAUGAGGGGCUCUUUUUGAGUGAAAUAUGAAAUAUUCGUGCUCAGUGAAGGUACCGAUGGUGACCGAGUUCAAAAGUGUUCUUGAUUUUAUUUUACAGUCCACCAAAUACGUCGUAUCAAGAAGAGUAAAUAUGAUUUUCAGGUCGUUUCUGGUGAUGCGUGAUUGAAGUGCUAUCUGCCCUAGACAACAGUCUGCCAGAAAGUGUGUGGGAAGAAAGCAGUCAGAAAACUCAAGUGUCCAAAAAAGCAGUGUAUUUGCGAUGUGGCAUCUCGCUUUCAGCUAAAGCAGAAAAAAAAAUUAAAAGUGUUUUAUAUACAGCUCUCGUGACGCACGCUUAGUCGUGAAAGGAGAGAUCACAUUGUUAUGAUAUUUGUUUGCGAAAUCAGUUACAACUAAAUCGACAAAAUGCCGCUAUAUUCGGAGUUGUAUCACAAUUUCAUCGGCAACGCGCCGGUGAUCCCAACACCGAUUAUUUCAUCGAUGCCGUCUAAUUCAUAUGUGCCGCCGAGCUACAUGGGUGUGUCCCGUUCUUUCGGGAAUCCGAUAACAGCCACCAGAACACCAUCUUUCACACGUGGAUACGUCCCGAAACUAACCCCAAUUACGGAAACACCCCGCAAUCGAGCAACGGCUCUAUCUCGUAUUAAUUCACCAAAAUAUAUCCGUUGUCAUGCUUCACCGACUUACCAAAAGCCGAGACGUGUCAUCAACACAGCCGAUAUAGACGUGUCUGCGAGUCGGUAUGCUAUCCGAGAUCUUACACCAAUACGUGAUCGAUAUCCUUCCUCAUCCCCAACCUCUUCAAUAUCCCCGGACCCACUUUCAUCAUCCAACAUAAGCAUUCGUGAGCAGGAACUCAUCGAACGGAAUGAGCAACGUAAGGCUCGUUCUGCUAUCAAUCGAAAUCGAGCAGUCGUGCGGCUUAAUACUAUCCGCGCUCGUAGCAAAUCUCGGGGCAGUCGUGGUAGCACCGAACGAAAGUCACCUCUUCGAGCUGAUUCGUCAGAUAAUGCCUACGAUGAUACUGCGUAUCAGGAUAAUCAACCUAAACCAACAUCCUGGAGGGAUCACUUUCGUGAUGAACUUCCACGUCAACCGAAGAAAGUCGAACCCAGUAAAAGUCCAGGAGAGCUGCUUCUUGAGAAACAUUUAAUCCGUGAAGAUGAGACAACUCCUUUGUUGAUCGAUGAAAUCGUUUAUAAAUCACCGGUUAUGAAGCGACGAGCAACUGUCAGACGGAAGAGUACUGCCAAGAUACCCAGUUUCCAUGAAAUCUGCUCCGACAUUAAUUCAGAUAAGCUGGACGACGAUCUUAAUGCCGGUGAACUGCGUCGUCGAGCUUCUCAGAUAAUUGAAGAUGAAAUUGCCCAAUUUCAACAACAACUUCAUGAUGCUAAUGGAAUUAUGGAUGAUCAGUUAGAGGAACGUCUCAAAUCAGCCUUAGAGCAGCAAAUUACCGACUCCGAUAUUCAAUUCCCAGAGAAGAAAAAACUCAAAAAGGUUCGACGAGUUCGAAGCAAACCCCUUCCGAAAAUCGAUGCUGAGAACAAUGUGGUAUAUGAUCAUCCGGAAUUAGGAAUCAAGAUUACUGCAGAUAGUCCGACAAUCGAAAGUAUACCUGCUCCUAUAAUUACGACUCAUGUGGAAGAUGUUGAAGAAUGUACCGUGUACAGACUUCCAAAAAAAAUCAAGAAAACAACAUCAGGAGAAUCUUCUCCCGAUAUCGACAGGUUAGCGAAGAAGACACAGAAAAAGACAGACAGCUUUCCGGUAGGGCAAAACAUCGUAGAGUUUCCUGACCAGAAUGUUGAUGUAUCUACUGUUGAACAGGUAGAGACGAAGAUUGGUGAUACAACGCUUGGCGAGUUAGCCAAACGUAGAAAAGCCCAGGAGUUGCAGAAAAAGAUAGAGACUCUGUCAAAACUCAGUGGUAAAAAAUUACUCAGUGAAACAGAACAAAAUAUUAUAUCCGUUUCCGUUGAACCUAAUACUACAGUUGAAGGAAAGAUUGAACAACUUGAGCCUCCUGAAGAAAAGAAAUUGAAACCACCUGGGAAGAAGAUUUCCGCUAUUACAAUAGAGCGCAAAAGAACUCAAGAUUUGGAGAAAAAAAUAGAAUCUAUCGCCAAACUUGGUGAAUCAUCGGAUAUAGCUAACAUUUGGGACCAAUGCGCUACAGCUACAGCAUCAGCCACAAAUGUGGUACAGAAGUUACCAACCAGAAUAAAUCAAAGGCAAAAAUCGGAAAAACCCGACACAUCUUUGAAAAUCAUGCCCUCAGAAGAACGUGCACUCAAUGAUUUGGAGAAGGCAAAUCUUGAAGAGCAAAUAUCAAAAGCCCAAGGAUUGCAGAAAAAAGCAACUGACAAAAAACUCGUAGAACAACUAGGAACAAAAAAAUCUGAAAGAAAUACUGAAGCUCUUUUUAAUACAGAAACGGUGAAGUCUCUCGAGAACGAAGAUAAAAUCCCGUUCGCAGACGCCAAGAAAAAUAAAAAUAAUAUAGUUUUGAAGGACAAUAAGAAGACUGAUAUAAAAAAUUCGGUUGAUAUUACACAAGAAUCAAUCAAGAAUAUUAUUGAAGAAAAUACAACAAUAUCAGAAGAAAAACCUCAAGAAAUGCUGAAAACAUUGACUAAGCCAAGUAUUAAAUCAACAAAAACGGUGAUUAAUUCAGAAGAUGCUGCCAAAAGUACUCCGAAGCCAGCUCUAAAUGGAGCUAUGAAAACUCCGCAACAGACAAAAUCAGAAAUUAUGAAACCGACUGCGUUGGAAAAUACGUCUGCAAAAUUCAAUGAAUCAAAAGAUUUAGAUUCAAAUAAUGUACAAACGCAAGAAAAACUUGUCACCACAAAACCAAAAUUAUCAGAAAAGCUUACGUCUUCUAAACAAAUAACUGUUGCCCCUAAAACAUUUACUGGAGAUCAAGCGGAAUCUCCGAAAUCUGUUGCUACAACAUCGAAAAUCGUUGAGCCUCUGAAAUCCAAACAGAAACAAGAGGAUCUUCCCAAACCAAUUCUGAAACCAUGCAAAAAACCUGAAAUCAUAUCACCUGCCCCCGUAGAGGAAGACUUUUGGGGAAAUAUUGGGACUAGAGAAACCAUAGCAUUUGCUCGAAGAAGACAAAACCUUGAACGUCGUAAUCAAUUAAUUCUUCUCAAAUUCAAUGAAGGAGAAGAAGACAAUGCAGGAGUACCCGAGGUAAUAGCUCCACCAACAAUUAAAACAAUGACUCCGCUUCAAGCACAGAAUAAUGAGAUUAAAAUGACGGAAGCAAAAGACGAAUGUGUCAGCAGCGCAGGGGUGCUAGGUGAAUUUGAGGCUGCCAAGGAAGCACCUCGUGACAUUGUUCGGAAAAAAGCUUUCGAAGUUUCGAGAGUGAAACUUGAAGAACCAACAAUAAAUUGUAAAGGGGAGAAUGUUUUGGAUAUCCUCUCAAAGCCAAAAAGUAAUAAUCUCAAGAUUGAAGUUACGAAGGACGAAGCCAAUGCAAAAGUGGUCGAAUUGGGGAAAGCAACUAUAUCAGUUGAAAAUUCGAAAACUACUUCAUCACAAAAAUUAGUCGUAGACGAGAAAACGGCUAAAAUUCUUCCUGCUAGUUCAACCGUUCAACCAAAUUUACCUAAUGAAGAAAACAUUGGAAAUCCGCACAUAUCACCUGAAGCUGUUUCCAAACUACAAAGAAUAAAAACAGAAAAUGAGACGAAUAGAAAGUCUCUACCGAACUUCGAAGAAAAACCUUUAAUAUCUAAGAUGGCUAAUACGAAAAAGUCUCUUGUAGUUGAAGUGGAACAACCUAAGACACCUAUUGGUAAGAUCGUUGGAGAAGAUGUACUCAAAACAUCAUGCCAACAAAACCAACAGUCUAAUGUGGAAUCUUUCAAAGAAUCUCAGAGUAUUCCUGAUCCUAUAAAGUUAAAAUCUUCCGAUGACUCUUUGCUAACGGUAAAACCAUCGGAAAAUUUAUCCAAACAACAAACACCAGAAACUCCAAUCAUCAAACAACUUCUUGCACCAUCUAUUUCCAACAGUACAGAUCCGGUGUCACAAUCGAGCACUAAUCUAACACCUAACCCAGUCACAGAGCAAACGGUUCCACCAGUGGCCCAGAAAAAACUUAUCAAUCCAAAACUAUCACCAAAGGAGAUGAUUAAAGCUGUAGCUCCGACCAUCGCUGCUGCAGCCGAAAAGAAACUAGCUCAAGCACAGAAAAGUGAGACGUCAGCUAUGAAACUGCAAAAGACUACCGACAAUCCGGAAACUCCGAAAAAGACUUUAAUCAAGCCGCAGGCGGCUGAUGAACCGACUUCGAUCAAAACAGACAAUGACGCAGAGGUAAAAAAUGCUGACAACAAAUCAUCAACUGCAGGCGGCGAGAAAAAGAUAAAGGUUGUGAAGAAAGUGAUAAGGGUUGUGAAACCGAAGGGAAGUGCACCAACGGCAUUGGAUGCUGCAGCCAAAGCCGAGGCUGACCGAUUGGAGGCGGAGCGUAGGAAACAGCAAGAAAAUCUAGAAAAAAUGAAAGCAAAAGUAAAUCAGAUCACGCUGAACAUGGGCGUUAAACUCGAGGUGGAAAUAAAAGAGUGUGCUAAGUGCCAACAGGCAGCGCUGUCAAACACACUUCCGGCAAAGAAACAACAACCGGCUUCGAGUAAUGAUAAGCCAGCACCGAGCGCGGUUGAAGCAGGGUUGACGAAGAAUAAAUUUGGCGUUGUUACAAAUCUAAGUGAUCUAUCAGCUGCGGGUAGAGGUAAUCGAUCAGUUGGCGAUCAAGUGUCGACGGGCGCGGAUCAACAGAAGAAACUCAAACAGCAACCCGGUAAGGCGCGAUACUCUUCCAGCAGUAGCGAAGUAGAUAAAGAUACUGCUUCAGAAACAUCCUUUUCCGGUGUCGAAGACGACUGGUCAUCGGACGAAGAGGAGGAAAUGGCAAAUGAUAAGCCAGAGAAGAAGAAGUUCGAUCCCCAAAAGCGGGUUAAGCUAAAUGUCGAGCAGAUGCGCAAAUGCUACUCCAAGGAGGAAAAAUCUCCGAUUGUGUUGGUGGCACGGCCGAGGCCUCUAUGGAAAGUGAAACGACACGGACAUCGGCACAACCGGAAGGCAGACCUCACCAGUAGCAGUGAAAGCGGGGACGAAUCGGAAUCAAACACGGAUCAAACCUCAUCGGAGACCGCUUCCACAGUGGACGCUUCCUCGGAUAUCAAUACCGAUAGUAGUGUGAAUAGUAGUCGCGGUGAUAAAAAGAAAAAACCCGCAAAAUCUAGUAGCAAAACCAGUGAUGUGGGUAGUGAUAUCUAUGAUAAUCCUAUGGUAAUUCCGUUGCACACGGAACCAGCCAGUUAUAAAAGUUCAGCCAAAGAUGAGAAUAACAAUGAACGAAAUCAGUCUGGAUCGCAGCCGAAUGAGGAUGACGACGAGAACAACAAAAACGCUGGAAAUCAUGAGAUUCGUAGCACCAGUACUAGUAGCCACGAUUCAGGUUUCUACGGCGGAGGAACAGCGCCAAUUAGCCCAAAAAAAGCUAUGGAAACAUCGUACACGUAUGCACAAUUUCAGAAAACGGGUAAGCUGACUGCUCCGGCCACGGUGAUACCACGUUUUAGGAAAUACAACGUUGAUGAUUUCCAUUUUUUGACUGUGUUAGGAAAAGGUAGUUUUGGAAAGGUAUUUUUAGCUGAGCUAAGGAAAACAGAGUACUAUUAUGCGGUGAAAUGUUUAAAGAAAGAUGUCGUGCUGGAGGAUGAUGACGUCGACUGUACUUUGAUUGAGCGGAAAGUGUUGGCACUGGGCACUAAACAUCCGUUUUUGUGCCACCUGUUUUGUACGUUUCAAACAGAUAGCCAUUUAUUUUUCGUUAUGGAGUACCUGAAUGGAGGUGACUUGAUGUUCCACAUACAGCAGAGCGGCCGUUUCAACGAAGCGCGUGCGCGAUUCUAUGCUGCCGAAAUCGUAUCCGGACUGAAGUUUCUCCACCGGAAGGGUAUUGUCUAUCGUGAUUUGAAACUGGAUAAUGUCCUGCUUGAUUACGAUGGUCACGUUAGAAUAGCUGAUUUUGGCAUGUGUAAGCUGGAAAUCUAUUUGGACCGGCUGGCUGACAGUUUUUGUGGCACACCGGAUUAUAUGGCGCCUGAAAUAAUUAAAGGUCAAAAGUACAAUCAAGCAGUUGAUUGGUGGUCGUUCGGUGUGCUGGUGUAUGAAAUGUUGGUAGGACAGUCACCCUUCAGUGGCUGCGACGAAGAUGAACUGUUCUGGUCAAUCUGCAACGAAAUUCCAUGGUUCCCUCACUUUCUGUCGAAGGAAGCACUGAAGCUCUUAAAGUCCCUUCUCGAGAAAGAUGCAACCAUAAGAUUAGGAUGCCUAAAUACGAUGGAAGAGGACAGUGAUGUUAAAUAUCACUCAUUUUUCGAGAGCAUUGACUGGCAAAAGCUGGAAAGAAGGCAACUAGAACCGCCGUUCAAGCCGCAAGUGCGACAUCCUCUGGACACGCAGUAUUUCGACAAGCAGUUCACACGUGAAAGGGCGCGUUUGACACCCAUCGACCGCAACAUCCUUGCCUCGAUGAAUCAGGCCCAGUUCGAGGGAUUCACCUACACCAAUCCGAACAAUACGCUAACGAAAUUGCGAGAAAAACAACGUAAGAAACAAAAGAAAAUGUAUUUUUGUCCUCAAUGUGGUGAUAUUAAAGUAACGUAUAAUAUAUUUUAAUAUAAAAAGAAAACAAAUGAAAUUUACAGAGAGCUUGCAAUUAAUUAUAUGAGUUUUUUACCGAUAUUUUUGAGGCUGCUUUGAGGAAAACUACGAAGUGGAAGUUGUUAGAAAUGAUCAAAAGUUGUUAAGUUUUGCAUUUUGAUUAAAAUUCGAGAGUGAGUAUUUUUGUACAAAUCUGGAAAAGAAUGUAACCCGUAACGUUGACUUUUCUAUUCUACCACAUUGUCGAAAGCUGCGUAAACUAAUGUUGUGACUGAUUCAACAAUUAAUGUUGUCCUAAAUAAUUUCCUUCAUGCCCAUACCCAAAGAGUCUCGUGUAACAAAUCAACAAACCUAGCACUGUCACUACUCUUAUUCAAUGAUCCAGACAUAACAACCCAAAAAACAAUAACACUAAUGAACAAUACUUUUGGCAUUUUUUGAACUUCCUCUGCACAUGGCAAACACAAAACAGGCAAAUUGCAGACACCUACCACCCAAUACGCUGUCGCUUACAAAGAUCCCACAGAAGAGACUACGAUUAGACCUACAAGCUAAAGAUUGCUAACCCUGUUAAGGAUGUUUUCUUGAACUUUAAGCUAAUUUAUUAAAAAACAAAACGAUUCUUGAGUUCGAGAUGCGACAGUCAAAAGAACCGAUUUUCUGUAUUGUUAGAGGAACUACACCAGCUUUUUUGUAGAAAUGUAUUUUAUUGGAAACAAUUGGACUCUUCAAUUUUGCAUAUAUUUUUACCUCGCGUACUGUAAAGAGAAAAACGAUGGAUUUUGUACAGCAACCAGAACGGAAGGUUAUAAUUUGUAAAACAUUUUACGCAGCUAGUAUAACGAAACCGAUUGUAUACUCUAGAAAUUAUGGAAAAAGAAAAAAAAUCAAUAAAAUGUUAAAUAU